AGUGGAUUACUUAUGCUAGGGACAAUGGCCGUCCUAGGGAUGUUCACACUGCGAAGCCACUAGAUCUUGGUUCGUGAAAUUGAUGGUGCUGAACGAAUGGCUCGACGAUGCCGCAAGUUAUUUCUUAACAGAAUUAAUUUAUUGUGUUUUUCAUUUUCUGUGCGACUUACAUGCGAUUUAUAUGCGAUUUAUAUGCUAUAUUUGCACUUAAUGUUUAAUCUGGUUAUGCGACUUUUAUGCGAUUUAUAUGCGAUGUGUGUGCGAUUAUUAUUCAGUGAUUUGUGUAUUUGUUGCGACUUAUGUGCGAUUACUGUGCGAUGUUUGUGCGACGUUCGAAAUAAUUUUGGUAAUUGGUUUGUGCGAUUUCAUGCGAUAUUUGUGCGACUUUUAUGCGAUUUCUGUCUUACUAUUUUCUUUUGGAAUACAACAAAUUGAUGCCAUGGCGCACUUAUUGAGAAGAAGACGGACCCUGUACCCAGAAGUCUACACUCGAAAAGGUGUAGUUUUGGACACAUCUGCUCCACAGUUCUUUUCCAUGUUUUGGAAUAUGUAUGAGGGUGACAAGAGCAAGAUGAAAUGGGAUGAGGGCGUUAUGAAUUACGUGCAGGGGAUACCGCACAGAUACUUGCCAUGUUGGGAGAAGCAGGAGUACAUAUACUUUGUGUUGCACCUUCCCAAAGAGCGCCACUGGGUGGCAGUUGAGGUGGAUAUCGAGAACUGGGAGAUCAUUGUAUAUGAUUCUGAUAUUGGUGGCACCGUUGAGGCACGCAUGGAGUCAUAUUUGAAGCCUUACAGCGAGCUAUUUGCGAAUCUAAUCCGAGCUAGCGGUUAUUUCCCAUACAACAAUUAUGUACAUCCGGUGGAGUUGGGUGAUCUCAGUCAGCUCCUACCCCUGCAUUAUAGACGAGUUACAUCUGAGGUUGCACCACAAACGAACAGCAGUGGCAAUUGUGGAAUGUAUGCCAUGGAGCACAUUGAGCACUUGAUGCUGGAACGGUCGUUGGAGCAUGUUCAUGAUGAUAACAUGCUCACCUUUAGACAUAGGUGGUGUGUGGACCUAUUUUACCAGAACUUGACAUGGUGGUUUUUUGUAGGUUUUUCUAAUGUUAUUCUUAUACACAUAAACUCCCCUUUUGUAAUUGUAUUAUAAUCUCACCAAAAUUAUAUAUAACAAGUAAAUUUAAAGCUAUUUAAAUUGUUGCUUGUAUCAAUUUCUUUGUUUUUUUAAUUUUUGAUAAAUACCUGUCAAAUCAUGACAUCUUGAAAAAUUAUUUUGGUAAGAAUCGCAUUAACAUCGCACA